AUGGCGUCUCAACCACCACAACUGUCGGCUUCUGGGGCCACUUCUUUCGGCAAGGUCCCACUUGAGGUCUUCCUUCGCAUCACAGACCACCUCACCACGGUAGAACAUGGCAACCUACGCCUGACCUGUCGGUCCAUUGAGAGGUCCCUUUUCACAACCUUCAGCAGAGAAUUUUUCAGCAAGAAGCAGUUCAUGCUCACCGAACACAGUCUUCAGGCUCUCAUCGACAUGUCGACCUCGCGGAUUGGUGACUGUCUCAAACACAUCAUCAUCGGCCUGGACUACUACAAGGAGGGCCCACCAGUGCAUUCACAAGCAAAAGCCACACUCUACACCGCGGGCUGCGAUGACCAACGGACGUUUCUUUGGACGGGGCAAGCCGUGCUCAUGCUGACGGAGGCCUUCCGCAACCUCCAACCUACCGUGGUAGGCAUGCGGGACUACGCAUCCGAUGCGCGCCAGUUCCGAGACGGCUCGCGCGCGAAAUGGGCGAGCUACGGCGCGACGACUGUCUGGAAGGAGACCGGCGUUAGCCUACUAGGUGGAAGUGGCUAUGAUGAUGAGGUCGUCAGCGUCUAUGCCUCCCAAGUCUUCUCCAUCAUCUUGGCUGCUCUGGCCGGCUCAGGCGCCACACCGACGACUAUUGAGGUCCUUCGACACCAUCACGGCCGUCUUCGUGCGACCGCCUUCAACAUUCCGAAGUACCUCAAGCCGUCUCUGCUACCCGUGCUCUCGAGAAUAGAGACCAUGUUUCUGCCGUUGGAUGUCGUGAGAAAGCGCCAUGACUGGGAUACAAGCACUCCGGCCCGCUACGCCAGCGCCGAUGGCUCGGAACCCGACAUGGAAAUAUGCCCAGAUUACCUCUUCCGCGUGUUCCUCUCACAUCUGCCCAACCUCAAACACUUGCGUCUCAACUUUCACCGCAAUGAUACACCAACCGACCUCCUCAAAUGGCUUGCCGAUCCAAGCCCUGACAAGUCGGAUACUUCCCAGCUUCCCGCAACGCCCAACGCCCCUAACAUUUUGCGCUUGCCUCGGGCAGUCGACUUUCCUUGUCUUGAAAGCAUCGAUUUUGGCAUCCUCACCAUUGACCAGGAAUCGCUCCUCAACGUCAUUCGCAAGUUUGCGCCGACGCUCAAGGGCGUCGAGCUGUGGAAGGUCACACUCGUGAGAAACAGCGUCGAGGCCAGCGACGUGCCCAGCCGGCGCAACCUCUGGAGGCAGUUCUUCGGCAGGAUGCGCCUCUUCGACGGCCUCAAGCUGCAAACACAUGACGGUUCGGCCAGGCGCUGCAACGGUUGCAGCAUUCAGCGCAGCGCCGUUUACAACGUGACGUUCAAGUCCCUGUCGCGUGGGGGCACGACGAACGCGAUUCAGAAGCGCGCCUACCAGGGCAAUGAGUGGGACGAAUGGAUCCAGGACAUGGCAGCCGAUGUCGUCGUCGAGGGCCGUUCCGGUGUAGGUUUAGACGAUACGUUGGAUGAUAGCUCGAGCGAUGAUCCGGCCGUGGACGACGAAGAUGAUCCGACCUUGGACGAGAUGGACGAGGAUGAUGACAUGGGUGAUGCCUGA